CAUGGCAGAGUUGAUCUCGUCCCGCUCCCUUCUGAUGAUCCGAACGAUCCUCUCAACCGGCCUUUUUGGCGCAAGCAUGUACUUCUCAUCCUGGUCGCUAUACACGCUUUCAUGUGCAUCUACUCUACCUCCAUGAUCAUUCCGGCUUAUUCUGAUUUCUCGAAGGAGUUUGGCGUCUCGCUGCAGAAGGCGUCUUUCCUCACGUCGGUCCAGAUCCUCUUCCUCGGAUUCAGCCCGUUAGUGUGGACCCCGUUGUCCGCUCGCUAUGGACGUCAUCCUCUCUAUUUGUUCUCGGCGUUAUCUACGGCAGGAUGCGCUUUUGCAGGAGCAUUCUGCCACUCCUAUGGUACCCUUAUGACGGUGGAGGUAUUCACUGGAAUUUGUUUAUCGCCGGCCUUGGCUCUUGGGGCAGCAACAGUCCAAGAAAUGUUCUUCCAACGCGAGCUUGGCCAGAAGGCAAGCAGUGACCUAACAUGUCGACAUGAUUUUGUUGACAUUUAUCUUCAGCUCGGUAUUUGGACCGUCCUGCUCACACUUCCUGCCUCCCCGCUGAUUGGCGGAUUCAUCGUCCAGAACAAGGGCCCUCGUUGGUUGUUCUUCGUCUUAGCCAUCUUGCAACUCUCGCUCUUCUUCGGCUACUUGUUCUUCGGAUUCGAAACGUUAUACAUUCGACCUAUGCGGGUGCCCGGCCAGCGGCAAGUUCCCGAAGAUGACCAACUCGGUUGCUCAUAUGGGUCGAAGCUUCCAGGGUGGCUCUCGGAGCUGCGGUUCCGGCGCAUCGAUCCUCGGCCACUACACCCUUCCGAGUUCUUCGGCCCCCUCUUGAUGGUCUUCCGUCCGCCCAUCAUCCUUUGUACGCUUGGAUACUCCUUCAUAUUCUCCUACGCCGGCAUCAUCAUUGGCGUGCUCAUCCCCCAAUUCCUACAAACCAAGUUCCGACUCAACAACGCUCAGGCGGGCUUGCAGUUCGUGGGGCCAAUCAUCGGCGGGGUGAUCAGCGAGCAAAUUGGCGGACGCGGAUCUGACUGGCUGAUGUCGUAUAGGACACGUCGGGCCGGAGGCCGUCGCGAGCCGGAAAUGCGCCUUGCGGCCAGUUACCCGGGAUUUUUACUGGGGGCGAUCGGCGUCAUCGUCUGGGGUGUUCAGCUACAGAACGCUACGCCCGGAAAAUGGAACGUCACGCCCGUAAUAGGCAGCUCCAUCGCCUGGGCAGGUCUGCAACUCGCUUCGACGCCCGUGUAUGCGUAUUGUCUUGAAGCAUACCCCUUAGAGGCGGCACAGGUAUCUGCAUUCAUUGUCGUUUUCCGCCAGGUCUAUGGAUUCACCGUGCCUUUCUACGCUGCUAAUGGGGCGGUCAACCUCGGAUUAGCCAAGAUGACGGGGAUCUUUGGAGCGUUGACAGGUGCAGGCGCGAUUCCAGUCAUUGCCUGCGAACUAUGGGGGAAAAAAUGGCGACAGCGUCGUUGGCCUGGGCAAUGAUAGCAGGGAACGAGAGGUACAGAUUCUCAGCGGGACGCGGAAAUGUACCCCAUGACAAUCUCGUCAAUGCUACUGGCACAUACGAGGCCGUGGGCGAGUAC